AUGGAUUACAUCCCGCCCCGGGUCAAGCUGAGUGACGACACCUUUGUCUUCCUGGAUGGUAAGUGGGUGAACGAAACCUACAUUCAAUCGGCGUUCUCUCCCUCUCCGGAAAGUCUCCAGAAACACGCUGGCAAGAAGAUCCGUAGCGACUGGACUCUCUGGGAGGAGAACAAAGCCCUCUGGGAAGAGAACAAAGCCCUGCGGGUGGAGAAUCGGGCCCUCCGGGAAGAGAAUAAGGCUCUGCAGUGCUUGCGGAUGGAGAACAAGGGCAUCCAGGUCAUCUAUGAUGAGAGCCUCCAGCAAGUGCUGAAGCAAGAGAAUAAGCCUCUAGUUGAAAGCCUUCCAACAUUAGGGCUCCAGAACGCCAAAGAAAACAAAGCCCUUCAAGUUCUCCGAGACGAGAACAAAGCCCUCCAGGUCUUUCGGGAAAACAAUGUCGCUUUGACGUUCUUCCCGGAAAACAUCUUCCCCGACAAGAAGAAACCUAUCCCAGUCCUCCAGAAGGAAAAACUCACUGUCCAGAUAUUAGGGAAGGAAGAGCCUGCCGUCGCCGAAACCAGCAAGGUUGUUGCUGCGGCCCAAGAAAUCAGCGCCAAAGCUACCCUGUCCCAGGUGGUUAAAGCUGUCCCAGAAAUUCAGGAGGAAAGCAGAGCUUUGCCAGUCCUGGAAAGGACCAAAACUCCCCUGACCCUGCCAGAGGAGAACGAGGCUGUCCUGACAGUCCAGAAGCUGAACCAAGUUGUGCUGUCCCUGCUGAGAGAGAACCAGGCCCUCCUGGAGGAGAAACAGGCCCUCCACAGCCUCCAGGGAGGGAACAAAAUGCUCUGGGAAGAGAACAAUAAACUGAAGCUGCAGCACGGCGCCAUCAAAGUGGCCAUCCACAAGAUUGUGGCUCAGCUAGAAAUCCUGCAGCAGGAGCUGAACGCCUUUGCCUUCCCACCCGAGGCGGAGAGCGAGGCACAGAAGCCAGAGAGUUGCUGA